AUGCCCCUCGCAGCCUUCAUCGCCCCCCUCCUGCCCUACGUCGGGUUCAGCAGCACGGGUGUUCUGCCUGCUUCCCUGGCGGCAGCUUACCAAUCCGCCGUCUAUGGGGGCGCCACGCCAGCUAUGCCAGGGACGUUUGCGACGUUGACGAGUUGGGGUAUGACGUUCCUUUGA